AGUGUCUAUGAACCAUGACACUCAAUCUUGCACGGACCCUAAUGUUAUGGAGGCUAAGGUUGUGGUUAGUUCUUGUGGACAUGACGGGCCUUUUGGAGCUGCUGGUGUUAAGAGAUUGAAGAGUAUUGGCAUGAUUGAUAGUGUUCCUGGAAUGAAAGCACUCGACAUGAACGCUGCUGAAGAUGCAAUUGUUAGGCUUACAAGAGAGAUUGUGCCUGGUAUGAUUGUUACAGGCAUGGAAGUUGCAGAAAUUGAUGGAGCACCAAUAAUGGAUAUAUAUAUAAAAAGUCCAACAUUUGGGGCAAUGAUGAUCUCAGGGCAGAAGGCUGCACACUUGGCUUUGAAGGAUUUGGGGCAGCCAAAUGCCCAAGACGGGACAUUCAGUCUACAGCCAGAGCUUGUGCUUGCUGCUGCUGGGAUAUUAAUUGUUGAUGCAUGA